UGUCCUCCCCCCACCUUCCCGCAGGGACGGGGCCAUGACGGAGGUGACCAAGCGCAUCCUGGUCACGGGGGGCACCGGCCUGGUGGGCAAGGCCAUCGAGAAGGUGGUGGCAGAUGGGGAGGGGCGGCCGGACGAGCGCUGGAUCUUCGUGUCCUCCCGGGACGCCGACCUGACGAGCAGCUCCGAGACCAAGGCCCUGUUUGAGAGGCACAGGCCCACCCACGUCAUCCACUUGGCCGCCAUGGUCGGGGGCCUCUUCAAGAACAUCCGCUCCAACCUGGAUUUCUGGAGGACCAACAUCCACAUCAACGACAACGUCCUGCACUCGGCCCACGAGAUGGGGGUGGAGAAGGUGGUCUCCUGCCUCUCCACCUGCAUCUUCCCGGACAAGACCACCUAUCCCAUCGACGAGACCAUGAUCCACAACGGGCCCCCCCACAGCUCCAACUUCGGCUACUCCUACGCCAAGAGGAUGAUUGACAUCCAGAAUAGGGGUUAUUCGGAGCAGCACGGCCGGCGCUUCACCGCUGUCAUCCCCACCAACGUCUUCGGGCCACACGACAACUUCAACAUCGAGGACGGCCACGUCCUGCCAGGCCUCAUCCACAAGGUCUACCUGGCCAAACAGUCCGGCUCCGCCCUGACCGUGUGGGGAACGGGAAAGCCCAGGAGACAGUUCAUCUACUCCCUGGACCUGGCCCGGCUCUUCCUGUGGGUCCUGCGGGAAUACGACGAGGUGGAGCCCAUCAUUUUGUCAGUGGGAGAAGAAGAUGAGGUGUCCAUCCGGGAGGCGGCAGAGGCCGUGGCCGAGGCCAUGGAUUUCAGGGGAGAGCUGGUUUUUGACCCCACCAAGGCCGACGGGCAGUUCAAGAAGACGGCCAGUAAUGCCAAACUGCGGCGGUACCUGCCCGGCUUCCAGUUCACUCCCUUCAGGAAAGCCGUGAAGGAAACCUGUGCCUGGUUCGACGCCAACUACGCCGACGCCAGGAAGUGACGGCCCCGGCAUCGCCGGGAUCCUCCUCUUCCAACUCAGGGUUGUCCUUUGCUGGGGCAGAGGACGGGGCUGAGGGGGGGUGACAGGGACAAUUCCAAAGGAAAAAAAAAAAAACAAAACAAAACAGGGAGCCCAGGGAGCAGCUCCCACAUUCCUGCCCCGUGCCGGGAGCGGCGCGGGACGCCUGGGGCAGGGAGGGGCAGGAAGGUCGGGGCAUCCCAAAGGGAUCCCGAAUUAGAGGGUAGGAAGGAGCCACCGUGGUGGUGGUGGUGGCCGAGAGGCUGGUGAGCUGUUAAUGAGCUGUGUUAAUUACCUGUAAUUAGGCCUUAGUAACGGGAAGGGGAUCGGGAUUCCACGACACAAGGGACGGCAGCUGGGGAUUCGCUGCUGGCUCGUGGCACGUGGGGAUGAUCCCACGGGAUAAGGGGGGCAAGAGUGGGGAAAGACUCCAGCUGGAAACGUGGCGUUUAUUAAAAUAUAUGCAAAUCACCAAA